AUGGCGGAAGAUGCUGGUAGCCGGAUUGACAUAGCCAACCUCCUUUCCCUCAGCAAGGACCUCGUCGGGGUGCUCCGGGGCAGAAAGGACGUCGAAUCCCUCGCGCAGGCCUCCAACUUUGCACGGAUGCUGCGCUCCGCCAGCCACUCCAAGUCGGAGAACCUCGAGCGCCAAGUCAAAGAGUAUCAGGAAAAAAUAAACUCCUGCAAGGAAAAGUUAGACAAGGUAAAAGCUGAAACAGUUACUGAUGAAGAACUGAAUAUGGUACAAAAUGAGAUGGAGGAGAAACUGCAGGGAAAGCAACACCUUCGCCAAGACUUAAGAGCGGUGAGUGAUGAAGUUGAUGACCUAGACCAUCAAAGGACUUCUAUAGAAGAAAGGAAGGAUGCUGUGAAGAAGAAGGAGAAAGACAUGCUGAAGGCACAAAGUAUGCUUUCCAUGUUUGUGACGGUUACAAAAACAAUUCCAAAUUUCGAAGAUCAGGAGAAGAUUUCUGGAUAUACUGUUGACAAGAACAUAAAGAAGCUAGAUAAUUUUGAAUUUGAGAAGACAAUGUCAUCAGUUAAGAUCUGCGACAAGCUUUGGAAAAUGAUUUAGGGCCUGGUACCUGCAGAUCAUAGUCAUUUACAAUAGCAGCAAUUGCAUUUGUAGACUGUUGUGCAAGGUAACCACCCACCAAUUGGAAGAAUGCAACUCUCCCAGUUGCUUCAAAUGACCUAGUUGUGUGGCAUCCUGUUAUUCAUAUCUUGGCAAAUAGACUAGCUCAGCUCUGUUGUUGGUCUGGAUUUGAUUUCCUGAAGUGGCAUUUCACUCAAUUUUAGUUUCAGAAGCCAAAUCUGUAUCAGCACUUGCUACUCCGUGCUGUACGUCUUAGGCCUGUACGAUGUGAAAAAUGUAAUGUUUGCCCGUUAUUUUGUUUGGAUGUUUUUGUCACUUUUUCUUCAUGUUGCUCACUUGUAUGGUUUAUAAAAUAAUGUUGAAAUUAUGUGAUCAUCAUACAUUGAUGUGUGAUAUGUAAACUAACUGAAAUAUCAUUUGCUCUGUUUGUUUCAAUAUAUGGUUCGGUCAUUUGUUUU